UCGCCUGCUAGACUUUACAUCUGGUUCCUUUGAUUUGCUCGCCAUUCCAAUGGCAAACCAAGUGUGGGAGGAAGACGAAGACGGCGUGGGUCACUCAGAUGGUGCAUUUGCUUGCUCACUGCUCCGAGAUGCUCACGCGAUGGGUGGCAUGGUGUUCUCAUCCACCAGUCCCAAGGCCUUUUCGCUCGCUUACUAAAGACAGCUCGCGCCGUGCCAGUCCGCUUCCCCGAGCAGCAAUCGGCUGAGAUGACCUUGUCUUUUUAGUCUGGCUCGCAGAAACGCCGUGGCCCCUUCCCGAAGCCAUGCGCCCCAGGGACGCGGGUGUCUCCGGCCGGGUCCAUGGUAGUCUCUCCUUCUGUCUGCGUACGAAAGGCAACGAACAGAGGGUUUCAAGGUAGGGCCUUCGAACACCAUUGCUGCGCCAUCAUCCAUUCACCACGCAGGUCACCUCCCAUGGCCACCCAACGGAGAAUGUCCCCCAUGCAUCGGCUUGGACACAAUUCCAACUUGUCGUGGAGUGACUGUAUCAUUUGUUUUUGGCCUCGACACCAAUCGAUAUGAAAUCCUCGACCAUUUGCUUCUGUUAUACUUUGCAGAUAACCUCGUUCUCCCCUUGCACAGGUUUUCAUUCCAUUUUUUGGUCCUAAUUUGAUCAUUUAAACACCCCAUCUCCAUCCUGUUGUAUAACAUUAUUCUGCUUGACAUCUCCAAUACUUCUUCCCCACCAUCAUCUUCCAAGGUACCAUGCCUGAAGUGCAACACGUUAAGCGAGUCUGGCAUAAAGGAUCUACCACAUCUUCGAGCUCCACUUCAUCCACCCCCAGCCACAGAUCUGGCAGCUCUCGCCAUUCUCAAUACACAGCAAACACCUCUUACAGCGACUUCAAAGCCGAAGCCAAGUAUUCGAAAGGCUCACCAACCCAGAAAUACAACCCACAGCCUGAGGUCAAUCCUCGGAGCUCAUGCGAAACAUAUGCCUCCACCACGGUGGAUGAAUGCGAGGACAGCUACCAUCAAGUUGGAAUCUGCCCACCGUUGCGGGCUCGAUGUUACAAGCCCGAUGCGGUGGCAGCGACAUCUUGCGAAUUCAGCCAACUCUUUCCAUCAACACGAAGGCUGCUAAUCCAACAUGACGAUACCAGCCUCGACGGCAACCUCAACUUGAGAGUGGACACCGAGGUGCCUGCGGGAAGGGGACACAUGAUGAAGGUGACUUUGUUCCAUCUGAAGAUGAACGACUUGAGUGAACGCCAAUUCUCUCUACGUCGAUAUCAGCGUGCAUCAGGUCGGGAAGUCUGCAACUCCAAACGGAAAUAUCUGAAGCCUGCCACCAGGCCAUCGAUAUCACCCAGAAAGCUAUCGUUGACGAAUGUUCUAACCAAGAUGAGCCUCAAGUCACUGGCGGUGAAGCCUCGCGCCAAGGUGGUGCACGAACCUUGUGACAGUGAGUCCGAGGACGAGUUUGACUUUUCUUCGGCCGAGGUCAAGGCAACUAUCCCAACCAAGGUGAUCAGACUGGAGUUUUCGAAUUAUGCUCAGGUGGAGUUGGAGAGAAAUGAGAGAAGCGAACGGUCAAUGUAUGACUUUGAGUACUGGGGAGAGCAGUUUUCGUGGAGGCGGAAUAUGAUCGAGGACGACGAGGACGACGAGGCCGUCUUCUCGUUGGACCUGGUCAAUGUGGCGACCGGAGCGUGCAUUGCACACAUCAUUCCGGACAAGAUUUCAAGGGCACAAGAGCGAGAGGAGGCGCGUCAAGGAAGCUGGGUGCCUCCAUGCAGCAUGAGGAUUACAGAAAAGAGGAUGCCGAGUGACCUGGGAGAUGUCAUUGUGGCAACGGGGCUACUGGCAUUGACAGACGACUGUAUUCGGGGUCGUUGGCGGGAAGCUCACCGCUUGUAAAAAGAAAGGGAUUAUGGGACGAAGGCAUGAAACACAUCAUUUUUCAUGGGCGGCGUUGGACCAGCGGAUUGGGGACAAGUUUGCCUGUUCAAGGCGUAACACAGGAAGUGGGCGGUGUGUCUGAAGGACGAUGCUUCAAGGCAUCGCUGCAUCGAUUGAGGAUAAUUUUGUAUAGAAUCGAUCAAAGGAUGCUGCACCUA